GUCAAACUGAAUUACUUCGGUUUCUUUAAAAAUUUAAGAUGAUCUCUGUUUUGCAUCACAAAAGUACCUUCGCGGUUCUGAAAAAAUGUGAUCUCGUUGACGACUAAAAUAGACUGGAUCUGGACAGAUCGGUCACUAAACCGGUCAUACCGAUAUAACAAAAGUGCUCCAAAUGCAAAUUGGACUUAACCAUUGUGUAUCUCUCGUCGAGUAGAUCAAAAUGCAUAUGUAGAAUGUUCGAUUUGGAGUUUAGAUGAGAGAGUUAUGAUCUUGGGAAGAUCUGCAUCCAGGAAAACCAGUAUGGCUAGGGCGGUCAGACUAGUUCGGUCUGUAUAGUCCGAGUUAGGAGUUGUAUUUUGACAUGAAAUUUAUUAGGGUUUCGACUCCUAAUGGGACAAGACCCCCCUCCCUAUAAAUAUAAAGAGCCACGACGCCGAUUGAGGGGAUCCGAUCGAUCCAAAAUAUUAUCAAUAUACUAUUUUUGCCUUUUUUCCUUUUUCUCUUUGCCCUAGCUUUUCCAACCCCAUCUGUUGUUCUUCCUUCAUCUUUACGACGUCUACCGAUCGUAGAACAACCCAAGGUGCGCCUACCCUGACGGGGUCCUCCCGGGUGGGCGUUCGUUGGUUUCUUCGCUGGGCUCGCCGGCAAAACCGGUCUGACCGGCCACCCACACCGGUUUGACUGACCCGCAAACAGGAGCCCCUCCGCGCACCGCAUGUUCAAGUGUGUUCGUGUGUUGGCCCGAUUUUUGCGCCAACACAUUUUGAUGACUCCGCUAGGGAAGAAGAAGAAAGACAUAUCGAUUGCAAUUGAUAGUGAAGAUGAUCUUUCCAAUGUCAACGCCAAGAACAUCAUGAACCCGACAUUCGAGCAACUUCCUAAAGAGGUCCGCCAGAUGCUGGAGGAGCGCAAGAAGAAGCGCGAUGCAGAGGACUUGCAAGCGGCGAUUGCGAGUUUUGAAGUUGAUCGAAGAGGCACGGUCAAGAAGAUUAAGGAGAUCGACUUCGCUUCUACCUCAAACAACACUUUUGAUACUCCACCACUCGAGGUGAAAACCAAUGGCAUAAUAGUCUUUGCAUCAAUAAUGGGCACACUAGGCUUCCAAGUGCUGAUCGAAUCAGGGCGCCAGCUCAUCACACAGGAGCACGCGAAUUUCAAGCUCAAGCAAGAGCUCUGGAUGGUGGGCAGCAUGUCCUCUGUCGCGGUCGUCAAGUUCUUCCUCAUGCUCUACUGCCGGACGUUCAAGAACGAGAUCGUGAGGGCCUACGCCCAGGACCACUUCUUCGACGUGAUCACCAACUCGGUCGGCCUGGUCGCGGCGCUGCUCGCCGUCCGGUACAAAUGGUGGAUGGACCCUGUUGGUGCCAUACUGAUCGCGCUGUACACGAUCACGACAUGGGCGCGGACGGUGCUGGAGAACGUGGGGACGCUGAUCGGCAAGUCGGCGCCGGCGGAGUACCUGACGAAGCUGACGUACCUGAUCUGGAACCACCACGAGGAGAUCCAGCACAUCGACACGGUGAGGGCCUACACCUUCGGCACGCACUACUUCGUGGAGGUGGACAUCGUGCUCCCGGGGGACAUGCCGCUCAGCCAGGCGCACGACAUCGGCGAGUCGCUGCAGGAGAAGCUCGAGCAGCUGCCAGAGGUCGAGCGCGCCUUCGUCCACGUCGACUUCGAGUUCACGCACCGCCCCGAGCACAAGGCUGAGGUCUGAUGCUCUGAUUGCCUGCAGGCUACUACUUUCAGAGCUCGAUCAGAGCCUCAGGCCAGAUAGCAGAUGCAGAGCUGCUGUAGAUCUGAUGACAUGUAUUCAUAAGAUGAGAUGCAACAUCAUUUCAUGAGCCCUCAUCAACUCUUAAAAGGGCAUCUAAAUGUUUUGUCGUGUCAUGAAAAUUGAAAUGCCGUUUUUGUCUAUA